AUGGAAGAGUUAUGGCUUGCUUCCGUAAGCCACCGUUCCCUCAUAAAUAUUAAUACUUCAAAUAAAAAACUGGAAUUGGACGGUGCUAUCAAAUGGGACAAACUGCCAGAUCAUGAUAACAAAUGGGAUGAUAGUGUUGUAAUCACUUACAUAUUUCCUGAAAUUCACCUUGAGAACAAGGUGAAACUUGUUGGAGGGGAUAUUGAUAGGCUUAUUCAUAAGACUAAUUUGCAAGUAUUUAAAAGAAGAGAAAAGGUGAGUAAGGAGGGUGAUGGGAAAACUAAUAUUGGACCAGAAGGCUACAUGAUCGGCCUUGGAGUAGAUGAGGAAAAAAGGUGA